CACCUAAUUAUCGUCUUUCACCACAAAACCAAUUUCCUGCUGCUCUUUGUGAUUCCAUCGCUGCUUAUCUAUAUCUUAUAAAUCCUGGACCAAAUGCUGGAUUUGAACCGAUCAACCCUAAAAGAAUUGUAUUAGCUGGUGGGAGUGCAGGUGGCAAUUUGGUUUUUGCUACACUCUUAUCUUUAAGGGAUGCUGGAUUACCUUUACCAGCGGGCGCAAUUGUAUUGGUUGAUUUAACUCAAAGUAUGCCAUCCACAAGAGAUUCCGAAAUAGAUAAAGUAGAUUAUAUACCUUCAAAACUAGAUUUUC